AGUACAAAUCGUAGAUAAAUAAACAUGGUACAAAUUUUAUUUUAAUUUCCAUGGGUUCCGUAAGAUUUAUAAUGAUUAACCUAUAAUAAAUAAGUAUAGCCGUGGCUUUACCGGUUCAAGUAACAAACGUAACAGGCCCCUGUGUUAAUAUUUAUUUAUCAAUGCCUGUGUCCCUGCUAUCUGCUAAUAUGUAUUUGUUUUCUGUCAGUUGUCAAGCGGUAAGGUUAUGUUUUAUAAAUCUCGACAACAAGAAUUUGUAUUAAAUAUGCAGUUUAUUGGUGAUCGCUUAAACUUUUAAUAACAAAAAAUACUCUGUGUGUAUAUAUUCUUACAUAUAAAUGGCUGGGCAAGGACAUCAAUUUCCCGGAAGUUUUGCUAAUUCUGCGAGUGGGAUGAAAAUUAAUUUUGUCCCUAAUGCAAUGGGUACUCCAAUGCAAAGUUCUAAUAUCAAUCAUAUGUCAGGACAAAUGGUUUCGAACAUGGCAAGUAUUAUGAACCAAGCUUACAAUCAAAAUAUGCAAGGCCAAAACAGCAUGCAACAAAUCCAACAGCAAACUCACCAGCAUUCAAUGCAACAAAACACUGUUCAAGCGAUGCCACCGGCACCUUCUCCUGUAGCUUCUUCAAUAAAUAAUAAUAGUCAAGUAGUUGGAAAUACAUCAGCAGUUGCGCAGCCGACUACACCAAAUAAAGAAUUUAAUACAGCUACUCUGUGUAAAUUUGGCCAAGAAACAGUUCAGGAUAUUGUCAGUAGAAUUCAAGAAGUAUUUCAAACUCUCAAGUCAAUACAGCCACCUAAUGGAACUGUUCAAGGCUCAACAUCAAGCAAUGAGAAAAAAGCAAAAGUUCAAGAACAGUUACGCACCAUCAGAUUGUUAUUCAAAAGACUUCGACUUAUUUUUGAAAAAUGUAAUGAAAACUGUCAAGGUAUGGAAUAUACACAUAUUGAGAGUUUGAUACCAUUAAAAGAAGAUUUGGAUCAAAAGUCUGAUGAAAGGAUGAAUUCAGAAGGAUUUAAAAAUGUUAUCGAUGAAUAUAAAGAAUUAACUGAACAAGUAGCACUUAAAAAUAGGCAACUGAAGGAAGUUAUAGAUCAUCUCAGAAGAAUUAUUUGGGAAAUAAAUACCAUGUUAACAAUGCGCAGAUCAUAGUUUUUU